AUGUCUCUGCGAUCAGCCUCCACCCCAGUCUUGCGCGCGGCCACGAGCGUCCGCACGCUAGCCAACCGCGCGCACCUCGCCGUAGGGAAGCGGGUGCGUCGUGGCGGCGGCGUGCCGGGCGCGCGGUACGGGGGCAAGCCGUCCACGGAGAUGGCGCACCGGUCAGAGUCGGUGCUGGAGUCGAUCCGCACGCCGAAACCGGUGUUCAACCCGAUCAAGAAGUGGCGCGUGCUGCGCGGCGAUCUGGUGCAGGUCAUCAGCGGGCCGGAGCGCGGCAAGCGCGGCCGCGUGCUGGAGGUCGUGCGCGCGGCCAACCGCGUCGUCGUCGAGGGCGUGCAGCUCGUCAACAAGUACGCCCCGCAGCCGGACUCGGAGCGAAAGAAAAAGGUCCGCACGGAGGCCCCUAUUUAUGUCUCGCGCGUCGCAGUCGUGUGCCCCGUCACAGAUAAGCCCACGCGCGUUUCCUAUCGGUUCUUGGAGGACGGGACUAAGGUUAGGGUGUCCAAGGCGGGCGCCGUGAUUCCUAGGCCCGACAUUUUGAAGCGGAGGAGGAAAGAGAGACCGGAUGAUAGUCCCAAGGAUACGGCGCCAACGGUUGCGUUGGAGAGGACGUUUGAGGAUGAGGAUGGGCUGUACGACAAGUAUGCUGGCUUUAAAGCCCUCAUCGAUAGCAAGGCAUAG